CAGAGCAAAACAAUUUUCUUGGUUGUGGAUGAAUAUGGAGUUGGGUGGAGACAUCGCAGUUCCAAGUCACGAGCUCCUCGAAGCUCAAGCUCACAUAUGGAACCACAUUUUCAACUUCAUAAACUCCAUGGCUCUCAAAUGUGCAGUUCAAUUAGGAAUUCCAGAUGCCAUCCACCGCCAUGGCCCCAACCCCAUGCCCCUCUCUCAACUUGUUUCAGCCCUCCAACUUAGCCCUCAAAAGACCCAAUACAUAUAUCGUUUAAUGCGUUUACUAACUCACUCGAGUUUCUUUGUAACGCACAAAAUGAUGACCAAAAAUGGCGAAGAAGAAGCAUAUGUUUUGACCAAUUCAUCUCGUCUUCUCCUCAACGACAACCCUUCGGCCGUGACUCCUUUCUUGCUCUCCAUGCUCGAACCCGCCCUCGUGGAGCCAUGGCAGCUCCUUGCGGCCUGGCUCCAAAGUGAGGAUCGAACGCCGUUUCAUACAACUCAUGGAAUGCCGUUUUGGGAGUUUUUCAGCGAAAAGCCAAAAGAUGGCGACGUUUUCAAUGUAGCCAUGGCGAGUGAUGCAAGGCUGGUGAUGAGUAUUUUGUUGGACAAAUAUAAAGGUGUGUUUGAAGGAGUUGGGUCGCUUGUGGAUGUGGGAGGUGGCACUGGAACUGUGGCCAAAGCCAUUGCUAAAGCUUUCCCACAAAUAGAAUGUAUUGUGUUUGAUCUUCACCAAGUUGUGGGCAACUUGAAGGGAGAAGACAACUUGAAAUAUGUUGAAGGGAACAUGUUUGAGGCUGUUCCUUCUGCUGAUGCACUUCUAUUGAAGUGGAUAUUACAUGAUUGGAAUGACGAAGAAUGCGUGGAGAUACUUAAGAAAUGUAAAGAGGCAAUCACAAACAAUGGAAAGAAAGGAAAAAUGAUUGUAAUUGAUAUGGUGGUAGGCAAUAAACAAGGAGACGACUCGAUCGAGACUCAACUGUUCUUCGAUAUGUUGAUGAUGAAUUUAGCAGGAGGCAAAGAGAGGGAUGAAAAAGAGUGGGCUCAACUCAUUAAAGAAGCCGGAUUAAGUGGCUACAAGAUCUUUCCAAUUAUGGGUUUAAGGUCUCUCAUAGAGAUCUAUCCAUAAUAAUCUCUAAAUGUUUCGAGCGCGUGUUGGAUUAAAUUUAAAAUACGCUCAUAAAUAAUGUAUGUGAUAAGAGCGGAGUGUUGAUCCAAUUUAAAAUAUUUUCGUGAAUAGAUUAUUUGACUUCUAUAAUUUGACAAAUGUUGUGAUAAGUAUUGGUAAUUACUUAAUUUGUAUAAUAUAUUGAAAAACUUCAUGUGAAAA